CCACAACACAAUCACAAAACCUAAGCAUCAUUCACACUGUUUCUCCUAAAGCCAACUUGUAUCAAAUCAUUAUUUUCUUAACUAACCUCCAAACAUGAUGUCUUUGGAGGAAAUUAUAAACACGAACAUGGAUACCGGUUCAACAAUCAAGUAUGUGGAUCUUAUCAUAAAAGUCGUUCCCAAUGACAUCAGUGUAGCCUUGAUGACUUACACCGGGACUAUAUUCCGAGCGGAGCUAGAAAACAACUACACGAAACCUAUUUCAUGGAUUGGGAUGUAUAUCGCGGCAGCGUCUCUUCUUUGCGUCUUUGCAAUGGCGGCUGACUUGUGGCAUGGUCUACGAAACAGUAAGCGUUGGUUUCCAUGUAAGUACUUCACUGUUAAUGCUGCUUUUCUCUCUGUUAUAUCUGCUGCAAUGAAGUUACCCAUGGAUAUAAGUAGUUCAAUGCCCGGUAAUGUAGACCAACUGACAAAGCUUGGAAGCAUGGCCUUUUUGUGCACCAUGAUGGCUAAUUUCUUGCCUUCUCUAGCCACCAUGAAUAGCAAGGAACUUCUUACAAACAUUACAGGUUUGGGUGUUAUGGUAAUCACCUUGGUGGUGAAUGUAGGCAUUCAAAUUAAAACGGGUGUUGUAUCAUGUAAAGUAUAUGACCAGCUUUACAACAGGGUACUACAACGUUAUUAUUCAAAAAAACCAGUUGCCACAUUACCUGAUAUACAUCGCAACAUCAUGAUAGCAGCCGUUUAUUGUACUUUGUUACUUUUGUUGUUGAUUAUACACGUAUGUUCAUCUUUAGCGAUUUUAAAAUCCAAAGAUAUGAUAAAUGAGAAGUACCAAAAACAUUUCGAAGAAGACUUUUCAAACGACACACCAUUAGAUACAAAAAUGGUUCAGAAACAUGUGACCAAGUAUUGGAUCAUGGCAGGUAGCCCCCAAUUCGUAACAGUUAGCUUUGUUACCACCUCUGCUUGUGGGGUAAUAUGUGUUUUAAGCACUGCCUUACACAUUCGUACUUUAUUUUGGUCUAUAGGCUCUGUGAAGGAUAGGGACUAUAACUCGGAUUAUCAGGGGUCGAUGUUAGUGAUUUUAAUAAUACAGUCUAUUGGCGUCAUACUUGGUACAAUAGUACCAUUUUGUAGAUCUUUCGCGGUGUUAUGCUUUAAGGUUUCCUUUAAAAGUAUUAAAAACCAUAUAAUUAAGGUGUUUAAAGUGGAGAGUUACUGGACUGACAAGUUAUUUGAUGAUGAGUGGAAAGUGGGAAGUGAAACAUUGCCAUUUCGUGACUACAGAGGCAAGGUGAUCAUCGAACGUGUGAAAUUCUAUUUUCUAAUCUUUUGUAGAGCAUUUCAGGUGGGAGUUGUGGUAACAUGCAAGAUAAUAUCACUGGUUCCAGUUUUUAUGAUAUGUGCCUUCUAUUGUUUGAAGUGCUUAAAAGACAAAGGUAAGGCUGAUAAGGAUUUGGAGGAUCUUCGCUUGUACGUGUUUCACCUUCAAGAUGACACGGAAGUUUCAGUGACGACAUUGAAUCGCCUUUCAAAAUCUACUAUGCACUUGAUUAAAAAGGGUGAAAGGCAGCAACCCAAGGGUCUCCUUGAACUUAUAAAGAAAUCUUUUGAAGGAGUUGAAAAUUUUGACCGCAAUCAGGUUAAAUCGUUACGGUCAAAAGUAGAAGGCAAAGAUUCCUGGAGCUUACUAGUGGUGACCCUAACAGUCAUUGCUGCUUCUCUUCCUGACAUUGACACGAUAAUAGUUGAUAAGUUGUUGGAAAGUGUCAGAGAAGGUCUAGAAUAUGUCGCACAUGUGGAAGAGAGCCUCAAUACUACGGAUGACAAAGUAAGUAAUCAAACACAUGUGGAAGAGAGCCUCAAUACUACGGAUGACAAAGUAAGUAAUCAAACACAUGUGGAAGAGAGCCUCAAUACUACGCGUGACAAAGUAAGUAAUCAAAAGGCAGCACGAACUUUGUGGAAUGAAUUUAAAAACAAAAAGACGUGGUUUGGAAAGAAUAUGCAGCAGAUUGCUUCUGAAAAGAAAACUCGAGAGAUUGUUCAAUUGUUCAAGGACAGAGGUGAAAACAAUAGGGUCAAGGAGGUAAAACUAGAUGAUAAGUCAAUUUGUGCCGACUCCAUGUAUCUUGUCACUAACGAAAUCCUGCUUUCCCAUGCUAUUGACCAAUCUAACCCACAAAAACUAUUUGAGCAUAUUUCACAAAUGAUCUCUGGUAUAUUGGCUGAUUGUCUCACCAACUUACCCAAAGUAAUAGCAAUGAAAUGCCACAAUCGUGAGAUAGAAAAAAGGGAGGCCAGCGUCCAAGCGGCAGCCAGACUUCUAGGUGAGACUACCCAGAUAAUAAAGAUCCUUCAAGACCCUCAGCAAUGCGUGGAUCCAAAUGAGCCACGAGGAGUGGUGUGCUUGUGUCUACCAUAAUAUAUAGAUCAACACCUCUAAAACAAUCCAAGAUGGGCUUAAUCUGCUUUUUCAACGAGUUUUAUUUCCACGAUUGGCAUUUAGAAAGGAUGUUGAAUUUGUGCUUCGUUUGUAAACUUAAAGAAGUUAGUGUGACCAAGACUUAUUUUUCAUUACUGGUUCUCUUUCCUAAGUUACUUGUAUCAUAUUCCUCGAUAUAUAUAUGUGGUCCACUGUUUUAAAUAUAAAAUGCAUGGUACUUUUGUGUGGUUCGA